AUGUUGAGCUCCAAGCUGUCAGCAGUGGUCUCUCUGCUGGCUGCGACUGCUGUCGCACAGUCGUACAGUCCUCCCAACAGCACUCUUGGAUCAGACGCGGAUGGAAAGUACGAAAUUUCCGCCGAGGGAAUUCGCGGCCUAUUCAUUCCGUACGGCGCGUCAAUUUCAAAUCUAUUCAUCAAUGACGCCAAAGGCAUUGAGCGCGAUAUUGUGCUUGGAUUCGACAACGCGAGUCACUACUCGGUAGACCCAUUCCACCCUCACCUCGGAGGUGUCCCAGGCCGUUAUGCGAACCGCAUUAAAAACAGUAGUUUUGUGAUUGAUGGUGUGAAGUAUCAAGUCACGCCGAACGAGAACAAUAACAACGAUACCCUGCAUGGCGGCCCAGAUGGAUGGGACUGGAGGAACUUCACAGUCGUUUCGCACACAACCGAUUCGAUUACCUUCUCCAUAGUUGAUCCAGAUGGUAAGGAAGGCUUCCCUGGAGAGGUGGUCAGCUACAUCACGUACACCAUGACCCCAAACACAUGGCAUAUCAAGAUGUUGGCUUGGGCGACCACGAAGAAGACGCCCAUUAUGCUGAGCUCUCAUACGUACUGGAACUUGGACGGGUUCCAAAACCCUGACACGCCCACGGCACUAAACUACACGCUCCACAUGCCCUACUCUGGCCAGCGCAUUGGAACUGAUGGUAUUUUAAUCCCCAACGGUACAAUCUUACCAAACCUGCAGUACUCUGUCAACGACUUCUGGUCGGGACCAAAGCAGAUUGGCGCCAACUUCAGCGCCCCUGAGAUCGACGGGAACUGUGGAACUAAUUGUACGGGGUACGACACUUGCUACCUGGUUAAUCGGGCACAGAAUGGUCCCUAUGACUGGCGAACCAUAGGCCCGGUUGCUACCUUGGCGAGUCCCUGGUCAGGCAUUCAGGUUGAUGUAUUUACGGAUCAGGACGCUUUCCAAGUCUACAGCUGUGGUGGCCAAAAUGGCACUCUCCCGAUCAAGUCGACCCAAGGGUUGGACAGUCGCCCACGUGUCGUUGAGAAGUAUGGUUGCGUUGUCAUGGAGGUGGAAGACUGGAUCGAUGCCAUCAACCAACCCGAAUGGCAGCGAGACAAGAAGAAUAUCUUCGGUCCGGACGAUCCACCAUAUGUUUUGGAGGCAGCAUAUGUAUUCUCUGUCAACAAAACCCCAUGA